AUGGAGUCACCUUUUGUUAAUAACGGUCCUAAGAGAAGUAUUAUUGAUCCUUCUACAAGAGUACAACCAGCUCAAAAGAAACGUGUUCGUUUUGCAGAUAGUGUCACUCUGUUUCCAAUUACUUACAUCAAUGUAAGUCCGAGAGAGGAAAAGCCAAAUAACUUGACUUGGUAUCAACAACAACAACAACAACAACCACAACAACAAUUUUCUAUUGUCACUACAAUUUCUAGUCCAAUAUCACCAACUCCUUCUUCUUCUUCUACUACUGCCCCAACACCUGGAUCAGUAGUACCAAAGAGUAAUGGCACCACAACAACAGCAACAGUCACAAAAACAACAUCAGCAACAAGUAGUAACCCACCAAAGAAGGAAAUGAACAAUUCUACUCCUCCACAACAGUCAACAAACUCAACAAAUGCAAAAUCUACUGUAUCUUCUAAUAGUUCUUCAAAAGAAGCAAAAGAAGAGGAUACAAUUCCAAGUAAUCAUUUCAAUGAGGACAAUGAAAAGGAUAAUGAUGAUAAUUCUGGAAACCCAAAUGAUAAUUAUGAGGAUGAUGAAUUUAGAACCAAUGAUGGAAAGAGGAGAUUUUGGGGUUUGACUGGCUACCAAUAUUUGGUAUUGUCAUCAGCUUGGCUUGGAUGGGCAUUUGACAUUUUUGAUGGAGUAUUAUUCAGUUAUGCAGCACCAAUUUGCAUUCCAAAUUUAUUGGGAUAUCCUGACGAUCAAAUUACAUCAACAGCUGCAAAGGAACAAACAGCUCUCUGGAGUAGUAUUUUGAGUACUGUACUAUUGUUUGGUUGGGGAUGUGGUGGAGUUUUUUUCGGCUGGCUGACAGAUAAAGUUGGACGAUCAAAAACCAUGAUGAUAACAAUCAUUGUCUAUAGUAUUGGAACAUUUUUAGCUGCAUUUUCGUUCCAUAUUAGUGUUUUAGUAAUACUGAGAUUUGUUGCAAGUCUUGGUAUUGGAGGAGAGUGGUCUGCAGGUGCAGCCCUCAUUUCAGAAACUCUUCCUAUUGAGAAGAGAGUUAUUGGAGGAGUUUUACUCUACACAGCUGCUCCUUUAGGAAGCAUGGCAUCAUUUGCUGUUAAUUAUCUUAUCACAAGUGUUUUACUUCAAACGACAACUAAUCCAAUAGUUAAUGGCACAAUAACAAAUUCUACAAUGCUCAUUACUGAUGGACUUAUGAGUGGUGAUAUUAAUGCUCCAGUGGUAACCGGUGGACCUAUUCCUCUGUGGUUAUCGUGGAGAAUUCUUUUUGCUAUUGGUGUUAUUCCAACCAUUGUUGGUAUUUUUGUUAGAAUUUGUGUGAAGGAACCUGAUGCAUGGCUCGAACAAAAGAAGAGAGAAAAGGAAGAAGAGGAAGAGGAAAAUAAUACAUUGGAAAGUAAUGAAAUUAAUGAAAACAAUGAAACAGAAUUACCACAAACACCUCCUCGUAAUAGAAAUGUUUCUAUUGUUUCAGCAAGUCCAGCUGCUUUUCAGAAGAAUGAGGAUUCCAUUUCUCUCAAUACUGAAGAUGAUUUGAAGGAAAUUGAUCUAAAUGAUCAACCUGUAAUGCCACCCAUUAGAAGCGAGUCAGAAUUCUCCAGUACUUCACUUACUCCUUUAAAGAAAAAGAAGAAGGGAUCAUCCUAUCUUGAUCUUUUUGCCAAUGCCGAUUUGAGAAAGAGAACCAUUUCAGCCAUUCUCUUUGUUUGUCCUGCCUUGAUUUCAUGGUGGUGCAUUUCUACGUUUAUUCCAAUUUUGAGCACUCAUCUUGCUUCACCCAUUGAGGAUGCAACUGAAAGAAAAAUCACACAGAAUCAAUAUUCUGUACUAGGAAAUAUGCUUUUUAAUUUUGGAGGUUUAAUUGGAACAUUGCUUGUCAUUCCAAUUGCUAUGAAAUUGGGGAGACUCUGGGUUUAUAGAAUUUACUUCUUCUGUUCUACAAUAUUCAUUAUUAUUGCUUUUGGAAUUCCUGACAUGUCACCAUAUGUUAGAUUUUGUUUAAUGUUCCCAGUAGGACUUUUUGUUUUUGGAGCUUUUGGCAGUUUUACAUUCUAUUUACCAGAGUUAUUCCCAUUGGAAUUGAGAGGAAGAGGAGCCGGAUUUACCUACAAUUGUGGACGUUUUGGUACUGCAGUUUUCCCAUUCAUUGUUGGUAUCAUGGUGAGUCAGGGUGUUAAUCCUCUCAUUGUAUUGGCUUGUCUUUCAGUUGCAACAGCUGCUGGCUUUGUGGUUUCUGUAAUUCCAAAGUUUGCAGUUGAAACCAAGAAUUUGGUUCUUCACUAA